UGGGCUUCGUCCGAGGGUUGAAUGAACAGUAGCCUACAAAUAAGACGAAUUCCUGUUUCAGGGCAAAAAACGCAAACAAUAAAAAAUGGCAAAAGCGCAGUCUCGAAGAAGAGCAUCUCGGAUUCUUUUGACAAAGCCUAAUACACUUAACCCAAUGAUUGGUGAACCAGACGAAGCACCCGCAGAAGAAGACUCAGAUGUGCAAUUGGGUUCGCCAGGAAAACUCCAUGUUAAGAGAUGGCGUGAACCAGAAUCAGAUGAAGAAGACAAUCCAGAACAUAGAUAUGACAUUGCUGAAGCGUGGCGAAGUCUCUUUGCCUUGCCCUCGUGCACCCAAAUAAUUCUUAAAGAGAAGGUACAACGCCAUUUACAACUUUUGAUUGGCUUAAACGUAACUCAAGAAUUCCCUUGGAAGCAAAUUAAAUACAAGAAUUUAAUAGAUCAACUCGAUGAUAUUGAGGAUGGUGAUUUUAUAAAUGCUACACUUCAAGGGUCUAAUUUAGAGGACCAUUUGCUCUUUGGUUACGCACCAAUUUUAACGGAAAACCAAGAUGAUGUACCUGAGGGUGAUCCCUUCAUUGUUUUUCUAAGCCCAGCAGACGCUAAAGUCGCGUUGUCGAUAAUUCGAAAUAUGGAGUUAUAUGAACGUUGGGCAGUGAAUAAGCGAUUGUUGAAGAAACCGCGACGAUGGGUAUCACUAGGGAGUGAAAAUGAAGUAAAUUUGACUAUAGAGCAACAGCACGCAGCUCGAUUGGAGGUCGAGGUUCAAAGUGUGUAUCCCUUAAGAAUACCCGAUAAUAAAGAAUUCUCUUUUCGUAAAUCGUCGGAUGUACGCGAUGGAUACGUAGAACUUUUGCCAAGCGAAUCAGUAAAAUUUGAAAAUAUAUCACGUCGACGUGUUACUAUUGGUGUUCAAUCCGCCCCAACUUUAAUUCAUUUGGAGCAACAAACAGAUCCAACAUUCCCAACCAAUGCCUGGGCCCAGUAUCUGUAUGAAAUAGUUGACGCAGAGGAUUUGGAUGAAACAUCAGAAGACGAAGCUUCCAAGGAUCAAACGCUUCCGUCGAGUAAAUCUCCAACUCCGGCUUUAAUGGAACCUCCAACUCCAAAGCCACCACCAGAACUUUCGUCUAAUAUCCAGCUUUUGUUGGACACAUUAGAGUUUAAUCAAAUUGAUAUGUAUCGCAAUGACUACGCAUACAUUUGUAAUAAGCCUAUCGACCAGUACACCACCCCCCAUUUAGAAGAAACUCUAUGUUUUGCUAACAUCUCCAAGAGUUACGAACGCUAUGUUUGUGGGAUUGAUUGGUACUCUAACCUGUCCGGACUUAUUGUAACUUCUUACACAUUCAAUACUCCAGCUACAGUCGACUUAAUAUCGCAACGUGUCGACAUAGUCCAACGUGCUGUAUUACAGCCAAAUCCUAUUUUAAUGUGGAGCUUUGCUGACAAUUUAAAUUACAAAUUAGAAUUCGAGUCUUCACAAGAAGUAACUGUACUCUCAUUUUGCCCCCACGACCCAAAUCUCUUGUUUGGUGGAGGCAAAAAUGGCCAACUAAUUGCUUGGGAUCUUCAAGGUCGGGCAGAAAAAUUGGACACUGAAGAGAUACUAACAGCGGCACAAAGUAAAUAUCGUGUUUUAAUAGCUGAUUUUCUAAAAUGGACAAUACAGAUUAACGAGGAUGCUAUUGUACCGCCUGUUAUGACAUCAGCAUUAGAGGUUUCUCAAAAGUCCGCAAUUACUGGCAUAUAUUGGUUGGGACACCAUUUUUAUGUGAACUCAUUUGGCAAGGCUCUUACUGAUCCUAAUAAGGAGAUAAUACAUAAAUUUUUUCUCACGUCCUCUGUGGAUGGCACACUUUUCUUCUGGGACUUGGAUAUGAUAAAUGAUAAGAAAUUACAGGCUAUGGCAAUGAGGCAUGAACAGCCCAAGGCGCUUACACAAAAUGAGUCAGUCUAUAAAAAUAAAGUACUAAAACCUGUUUUUGCUAUUGUAUUUAAUGAGCCCAUAACUUCAAUAUUUUGUGACUCGUCCGUCUUCCGUUGCCAUAUAACGGAUUCAGCGACUAAGAUUGCAAAUACAAAAAACUUUUCGACAGUUCUCAAACCCAAAGAUCCAAAAGAAAUGAAGCAAUCAGUUAUUACGUCAUCAUUUUAUGGGCGCAUCGAAAGACUAAAUUGGUUGGGUUCAUAUGUCGAUGCGGAAUGCCGUGAGACUGUGUCACAAACAAUAAAUUUUGCUCGGGUUCAUGAUGGGCCAGUAAUUGCAAUGAAGAAGAAUCCUUUUUACCCAAUUGUGUUUGUGUCAAUUGGCCGUACCGUAUUUGCAGUGUGGAAGGAGAAUUUUAAUUAUUCACCUAUAUUUUGGCGAAAGAGUUCUACGGAUUUGACUGCUGUUGCGUGGAGUGAGUCUCGACCUGGAAUGUUAUUUUUAACUCGAAUUGAUGGAAAUAUAGAAGCUUGGGACAUUUUAGCUCGAGACGACGCUGCCUGCUAUGAUGAUAUUCUGGGCGGAGGGAUAAUAACGGCCAUAUCGGAGCAUCGACCUUCAGAUCCUGAAAAGUUGCUGGGAAUUGGUGAUUAUAACAGCAGUUUCCGCAUGAUGAAAUUACCUAGCAGUUUCUUUACGGCUGAGCCUAAAGAAUUAGAGAGAGUUAAAGAGUAUUUUAGUAGAGAAGAAAGUCGCAAAAAAUCUAUUCAAGCAUGGGAACAACAGUUCUUCGAAAAUAAUCGUGAUAUAAUUGAAGCAAAACGUCAGGCCGAAUCCGAUGCCAGGAAAGAGCUUGAACGGCUUGAGAAGGAGUAUUCACUAAAUGCCACACGUAAAGUCAAAGAUGAAGCUGGUGAUAAAAGGAAUGAACACAAAAAUCUUUCAUACACAGAACGUAUGAAACAUAAAUGGGAUGAAUUGAAUUUGAAUCGCCUGCUAACUAUUUUAAUGUCUCGUAAACGUGUUGAUGAAGAAAAACUAGAGCGAGAAACUAGACUUGAAAAAAAUCAUUUGUCAUAUGAGGCAGCAAAGAAACAGUCAUUAAUUCGCAUCCAGCAGCGUGUGGGAGAAGAAGUAGCGGCUGUAAGGGCAAGGAUACUACCACAUGAAAACGUCGAUCUUCAACGCAUCGAUAUGAUACUUUCAUCUGUACAAGUGUUAAUGGAGACAGUUGAUGAUUAUAAUGAUAUUGAGAUGGAGUCCAAUGAAGUGGUGAACAAUUUUGAUGCCUUUGAUACCUUGACUUAUAUUGACUUUUUAUACCGUGGGGAUCAUCGUCGCCGUUUGCUGAACAAAUCGAUGGGUGGGAACACUGAACGGCUGCAUUGGUAUGAAUGUAUUCAAGAUGAUGAUCUCUUAGAAGAAUGUGACUGGGGUUAUAAGAACUUCCUUGAAGCCCCCGCUCCCAUAAAUGCACAAGAAAAUAAUGGAACUGAAAGUCAAACUUUUAAAUCGGACACCGCAGAAAAUGGUGUUAAUGUGAAUUCAAUAUAAUUGCAAUAUGCAGUGGCAAAUAAAAUGUAAUAGUAUCACUAUAACGAAACAAGAACUUUUUUUAAUACGCUUACUUAACUUCUAUCAUACAGAAUCAUAUUCAGAAUCUUGAACAUUUAUUAUUGUA